AUGGGGAGCCAGGCGGGGGGGGGCGGGCCGGGGCCGCUGACGGCCGCCAUCGCUGCCGCCAGGCUGGACCGCAUGUUCAUCUGGACGCCCGCGGUGCCCGGAGCGAUCGACCUGAUGUCCUCGGAGGCCGAGAGCCUCCGGGCCAUCACGAAGGAGGAGGAGCGGCUCGCCAAGGAGGCGGAGGCCCUCGCGGAGGAGGCCUCGAGGCUGGAGGCCAUGUCGGUGGAGGAGUGGGGCGCCGCGCAGCCCGAAGCAGACGACGCCGGGCCGCCCGAGGGGGGCGAGGCAGGAGGCUGCUGGGGCAGCGUGCCGCCCCCGCCGAUCGCGCAGCUGCGGUCGGAGGAGACGCCAGUCGGCGGCAGGAGUUCGCAGCGGCCCUGGCCAUCCGCAAGGUGCUGA